AUGCCACGGCCUCAGCACAAUACCACUUCUCUCCCGCGGGGGCUCCGCGAUGAGCUUGGUAUCAGGGAUACCUACGGCGACAAGAAACAGAAGCGGAAUGGUCCGGCAAAUCGGAAAGAGCGCAGACGAGAAGAGCGAAAUACGAAAAAGUCCGGUAAACCAGCUGCCGCACCGAUCAGGAAGAACUUCCACCGAGGACCAGGCCAAAAUACGCACCGCAAAAAUGAAAGGGACGAGGUGGACCUGAACGAAGACUCUCUUAGCGACGAUGCACAUGAGACGCCCAGAUUUAAGCAAGCCUCUUCGAGAUUGCAGCAAUUACCAGCCUCGAAAACUGAAAAGCAUAGGCCACUCGAAGUGAUAGAUGAUGAAGGCAAUGACGAUAGCGAUGAUGAUGGGGACUUCGAUCAAGACGACAUUGAUUUGAAUUCCUCCGACGAGGAGGAGUCCCAUGUUCCACAAGGGGGUCAUAUCUCGAAAACCGUUCAAGCGAAAAUUGCCCAAGACGAUGCGGAAAUCGCUGCACUGGAGAAGAAGCUGGGGUUGAAGAAGGGCAAAAAGCUUCCGAAAGCAUUUGCUGAGGAUGGGUUGGAGGAUCUCAUGGGAGACUUGGCCAAUUUGUCUGAGGACGAUGGCAAGAAGCGGAAACGAGAAGCCGAUGAAUGGCUUCAGAGCAAGAGGCAGAAAGCCCUACAACGUCAAGCGGCAGUGGUUGAGGAAGAUGACGAAGAGGAAGACGACGAAGAUAGUGAUGAAGAGAUGGAUAAUCUGGACGAUGAAAUAUUUGGGUCAGAGGAGGGAGACGACGAGGAAGAAGAUGACGAUGCGAACGAGAGCGAGUUUGACGGGUUCGAUGAGAAAGAGAAGGCGCCGCCCAAACAACGGGAGAAUCCAUACGUAGCGCCUGUCUCCAAAGCCGGACCUGCAGCUGUUCAAAAAUACGUGCCGCCAUCUCUCCGCGCCCGUGGAGACCCAGAGAGUGAAGCGCUCACCCGUUUGCGCCGCCAGGCGCAGGGACACCUCAACAAGCUUUCCGAAGCUAAUCUGGUUUCCAUUUUGGGAGAGUUUGAGAAGCUCUAUCGCGAUUACCCUCGCCAACACGUUACCUCAACGCUGAUUACUUUGUUGAUGGCUAUGAUUGCGGAACGGUCGGCUUUGAACGAUACCUUCAUUGUCCUCCAUGCGGGUUUCAUUGCCGCAGUCUACAAAAUAAUGGGUAUGGACUUUGGCGCUGAAAUUGUGCAGAAAGUUGUCGAGUCUAUGGACGCAGGUGGUGAUGAGCGCGGCAAGUGGGAGGGCAAAGAAUACAUCAACCUUGUCUCUCUCUUGUGUCAACUCUACAAUUUCCAUGUGAUUGGACAUCCUUUGAUGUUCGACUACAUCCGGCUCUUCUUGGAGGAGAUCAACGAAACGAACACUGAGCUUCUGCUCAAGAUCAUUCGAAACGCUGGUCCUCAGCUACGCCAAGAUGACCCCUCUGCACUCAAGGAUAUCGUCCUGCUCAUCCAGCCUGCCGUCGCCAGGAUCGGCGAGGGCAACCUGUCAGUGCGAACGAAAUUCAUGAUCGACACUAUCACCGAUUUGAAAAACAAUCGAGUAAAGAACGGCAUUGGUGCCAAUGUCACUUCCGAGCACAUCACCAAGAUGCGUAAGAUCUUGGGCUCAUUGAACAAUUCUCGUGUCAUCCGAGCAUCCGAACCUAUCAAUAUCACGCGGGCGGACAUCCAUGACUCUUCCAAGAAGGGCAAGUGGUGGCUUGUCGGUGCGAGCUGGAGGGAGGAUCCUCUGGUUUCUGCUCGCCAAGAGCUCUCUGACCUCCAGGCCAAGCAAGCUGAGGCAGCAGAAGACGACAGUGAAGCAGAACCGGACCUGGGAGAAAUUGCCCGAGCUCAUCGCAUGAACACAGACGUGCGCCGUUCAAUUUUUGUGGCCAUCAUGUCUGCCACAGACUACCAAGAUGCGCAGGUGCGUCUGACGAAGCUCCGCCUGAAGCGUGCUCAAGAAUUUGAGAUUCCUCGAGUUCUCUUGCAUUGUGCCAUGGAGGAAGAAGCACACAACCCUUACUAUACCUUGAUUGCACGGCGACUCUGCGCGGAGUCUGGUCGUCGGCUCAAAAUGUCCUUCAUGUUUGCUCUGUGGAACAUCUUCAAGCGAAUGGGUGAGCAGGGUGAUGAGGAGGAGGAAGCAGAGUUUGACGCCGACGAUGAAGAGACAGGCGUGAGCAUGAAAGCUGUUGUUAACCUCGCCAAGAUGUUUGGCAUGCUCAUUGCCGAUGGAACACUCACUCUCGGCGUUUUGAAGAACCUCAACUUCGCCUAUCUCCAGCCCAAGACAAAGACCUUUGUUGAGCUCCUGGUCAUCAGCGUCAUUCAGCAGUCGCAGAAGCAGAAGAAGAGCUCCAAGAGGAACCAGAUCAAGUCUGAUUCCGACGAUGCGAGAGACGAGGAGGCGUUGAUGCAAACUUUCCUACGAGUCCAGGAAACCCCUCAGGCUGCCAAGGGCUUGAUUUACUUUAUUCGCAAAGUCGUUGCGAAGACCGAUCUUGUUUCUGAAAAGGAGCAGAAGCUGGUUCGCUGGGGCUGCAAUGUCGCCGUUGAUGCACUAAAGGCCGUCAAGGAAUGA